AUGGAAAACCCUGAAUCCAAUUCUAGUUUACAAGUAGAGAAAUUAAGAAACAGGAAAAGUAGAGCUGUAUGGCAAAACAACAAUACCAAUGUUCAUAAUAAUCCUUAUGCCAAUUUAAGCACUGGUGAAAGAAGUAGGAGUCGUCGUAACACUGGUAGUUCUUAUGUUUCUCCUUAUGGUAUUGGUACUGGUGAUGAGAAUGUUUAUACUGGGAACAGCAACAACAACAACAACAAACCAAGUACUGGUGGUAAUUUACUACAAGUUCCUGGUGCUCAUGGAGAUUUGAAUUCCAACAAGAAACAGAAUCGAAGAUUAAGUAUUCAUGUAUCAGCUCGUCAACAUGGAAGAUCUAUUUCACAAGUUGGUCCAAUUGAUAUGGCAAAUUUGCCAGCAUUACCUAAAUUAGGUAGUGAAGCCAUGGCUAAAUCCAAAUCUACUGAUUUAACUAUAGAACAAAAAAUUUUUAAAGAGUUGAGUCAAGGAUCAGCUGCUGAAGUAGAUGAUUAUUAUAAAACAUUAUUAAAACAGAAAAAUUUGAUUACUCGUGAUAUCAAAGAUAAUAUCAAUCAAAAUCAAAAAAAUAUAUUACAAUUGACAAAAGAUUUAAAAGAGACUCAAGAAGAAUUGAUAGAAUUAAGAGGAACCACUAAAGAAUUAUAUGAAGUUUUGGGGUAUUUUAAAGAAUCAGCUCAACGAAGAUUGGAAUUGGAAUUUGAACCAGAAACUCAAAAAGAACUUCAUCUGCCUCAAAAAAGUAAUCAAUUAGGUAUUCCUAAUAAUAAAAAGAAAGAUCGAUCUUCAAUAAUGGUACUUAAAAAAAUGUGGGAUUCUCAAUUACAAUCUUUAUUUAAACAUGUUGAUGGAGCAUCUAAAUUUGUUCAACCAUUACCAAAUAGACAUAUUGUUGCUGAGAGUGGACGAUGGUUUGAAGUUAAUGUUGGUAAUUGGAAAUCAAGUUAUCCAACUCAUUUAUUUAUUUUCAAUGAUUUGAUUUUAGUAGCCAUUAAAAAAUCGUCCAGUACUACUACUACUACUACUACUACAGCACAAGAAACAACUGCAACAAGUGGAGGUUCAAAAUCUAGAUUACAAGCAGUUCAAUGUUGGCCAUUAACCCAAGUAUCAUUACAACAAAUCAAAUCACCCAAAGAUAAUGAUGAUAAGAUGUAUUUUAUUAAUCUUAAAUCGAAAUCUUUGAGUUAUGUCUAUCUGACGGAUCGUUAUGACCAUUUUGUGAAAGUUACUGAAGCAUUCAAUAAAGGUAGAAAUGAAAUGAUUCAAAGUGAAAGAUUAUUGGAUUCUAGACUUUCAUCUCCAUCAAAUAAUAAUGGAGAAUCUAAAGAAGAAAAAAGGCAAUUACGGGAAUCAUUAAGAAAUUCCGGUACAUAUAAAGAAGGAGUUAUUGAUGAUUCUAGUGGUGGUGGUAGUGGUCGUAAAAGUGCCGGAACUCCUAAUAGAAAUAGUAAUACUGAUUAUGUCUUACAUGAUAUAUCAGCUCGAGUACAUUCUCGUAAUCGAUCACAAGAUAUUGGGAAUAAUUUCAAUAAAUUAGCCAAUAAUGGGAAAUCCCAAUUUUUCAAUGAAAUUAAAACUCUUGAAGAUAGAUUAGAUGAUGUUGAUGUUGAAAUUUCACAUAAUCAAUAUGCUGAAGCAGUGGAAUUAAUAUCUAUAAUUGAAUCCAAAUUACGUAAUAUUGAGAAUGCUUUAACAACUACUCAAAGAAAUAAAAAUGUUAAUAUUGCUGAUGAAUUAUUACUUUUAGAUGUAUCGAAAUUGAAAAUUAAAAAUAGAAAGGAAAAUGUAUCAAAUGGAUUAAUAUUUGAUUUACAACAUAAUAUAGCUAAACUUAAACAAGAUGAUAUUGAUAAUAUUUUGACAUUAUUUGAUAGUUUAGAACAACUAGAUCGAGGUGUUCAAGGAUAUUUGGAUUCAAUGUCGGCAUAUUUAUCAACUACAGUAUCUAAAUUGAUUGUUGGAUUACAAGGAUCAACGAAAAUUGAUGUGGUUAAUUAUCUUUCUAAUUUGAUGGUGAUUAAUGUUUCUAUUGUUAAACGUACAAUUCAAACUUAUGAACAAAUAAUUGCUCCAAUUUUGAAACGUCGUCAUGGUGAUGUUGAUUCUAGUGGAUUGAUUAAUUGGUGUAUUGAUGAAUUUACUAAACUUUGUAAACAAAUUAAAAAACAUCUUUAUGGUACAUUAUUAAUAUCUUCAGGAAUUAAUAUGGAAACUGAUGAACCAAUUUAUAAAGUUAAAGAGAAAACAUUAUAUAAUAAUUUCUUGAAAAUUAUGCAACCACAAUUGGAAGAAUUAAAACUGGUUGGAUUAAAUGUUGAUUAUAUAUUUGAAUCUAUAUUGAAUAUUGAAUGA